CUUCCUUCUUUUUUCUUCCAAAAUGGUUGUCUGAAACAUCUUUAUUUUCUCCCCCUUAUUAGGAUGGCAGGCUUCAAUGAAAAGUGGAAGUCUGUCUUGUCUUUUGCCAUGCAAUCGUCUGCCUGUGCAGUUGAUGAGUCAAGUGAGAGUUUAUACCUCCAAUGGCCAGAAAAAAGGUCUCGGAUCAGAAGAUAAAAAUGGAUCAACUCCUGAAGAAACCCUGCGCAAAGCUAGGACAGGACAAGAUACCAGCAAUGCAAGUCAAAAGCAAUCUUUCCUUGAGGACCCAAUCCAAGUAAAAGUGAAAGCAGUCCUUAAAAAAAGAGAGUAUGGACCAAAAUACACACAGAAUAACUUCAUCACUGGAGUCAGAGCAAUAAAUGAGUUUUGUCUUAAAUCCAGUGAUUUAGACCAGCUGAGGAAAAUUAAACGAAGAAGCCCCCAUGAUGACACUGAGACUUUCACUGUGUACCUGAGAUCAGAUGUAGAGGCAAAGUCUCUUGAAGUUUGGGGUAGUCCAGAGGCUCUUGCUAGAGAAAGAAAACGACGUAAAGAGGCAGAGAUCAAGUACAGAGAAAAUCUAUUUAGAAACCAAAGGCUGUUGAGGGAAUACAAGGAGUUCUUUGGAAAUACUAAGCCACGCUCCAGUGCAGCAGCUAUGUUUUUCAAGGGACCAGGGAAGGUGGUAAUGGUAGCUAUUUGCAUAAAUGGGUUGAAUUUUUUCUUUAAGCUACUUGCUUGGGUUUACACAGGUUCUGCUAGCAUGUUUUCAGAAGCCAUACAUUCUUUAGCAGACACAUGCAACCAGGCAUUGCUAGCUCUGGGCAUCAGUCAGUCUGCAAGGACACCUGACCCUAGUCAUCCGUAUGGUUUCACAAACAUGCGCUAUAUUGCCUCCCUGAUUAGUGGGGUGGGCAUUUUCAUGAUGGGUGCAGGACUUUCUUGGUAUCAUGGGAUCAUGGGUUUACUCCACCCUCAUCCUAUAGAAUCUCUUCUCUGGGCUUACUGCAUUUUAGCAGGGUCAUUGGUAUCCGAAGGAGCUACCCUUCUUGUUGCUAUCAAUGAAAUCCGCAGAAGUGCUCGAGCCAAGGGUCUGUCAUUUUAUCAAUAUGUUGUGCAAAGUCGUGAUCCUAGUACAAAUGUAGUGUUACUGGAGGAUGCUGCUGCAGUUCUGAGUGUGGCCAUAGCUGCUACCUGUAUGGGUCUGACUUCUUUAACAGGAAACCCUUAUUAUGACAGUCUGGGAUCUCUAGGUGUUGGAACUUUGUUAGGAACUGUGUCAGCAUUUCUAAUCUACACGAACACAGAAGCACUACUGGGACGAUCCAUUCAACCUGAACAACUGCAGCGACUCACCGAGUUACUGGAAAGUGAUGCUGUGGUAAGAGCAAUUCAUGAUGUUAAAGCUACAGACAUGGGAAUGAGCAAAGUGAGAUUCAAGGCAGAAGUAGACUUUGAUGGACGGGUUGUUACUCGUUCUUACCUGGAGAAACAAGACAUUGAACAGCUGCUACAAGAAAUUCAACAAGUAAAAACCCUUGAAGAGUUAGAAGCCUUCAUGCUUAAGCAUGGGGAGAAUAUCAUUGACACAUUGGGUGCUGAAGUAGACAGACUUGAGAAGGACUUAAAGCAACGAAAUCCUGAUGUUCGUCAUGUGGAUUUGGAGAUAUUAUAGACUUGGCAGAAGAAAUCUUCAGGUUGUUGCUGCCAUUUUGGAAAGAAGUGAUGUAAAGGGCUGAGAAGUGUCUGAAAUUGCAGUGACCUCAGCACCAUACCAUGCUUACUUUUGCUGUAGGCUUCAUGGUCUGUUAGGACUGCUUCUGUUUCUGGAAGAGCGCCAGACUUGCAGACAAAAAUUUCUAUGGCAAAAUCAGUUUUGCAAAGCUACUUGACUUAAAUCCCACAGGAGAGUCUGUCAAGAGUGUAUCUACGGCAAUUCAGAACUUAAGAUGUGAAGUUUAGUUAGGCAAAUAAGGUGCCUGGAAACACACAACACACUUAGUUUUUCCAUUUGUGUCCCUUUGCAGUCAGUUUGCACUUCUUUAGUUUCUUUCAAGAUAUCAUUAAAUGUUCUUGGGAGAUGUUAAA